GUCAUUGUCUUCCAGGAAGCGGCUCCCUCAGUUGGGUGUCCGCUCUCCCGCGGCGGCCGCAGUCGCGGGAGCCGCAGCCACCAGCGCGUCCUUCCCGGGCCGCCGCUCCGCCGCCCCCGGCCUCCCUCGGGCCCGAGCGCCGGCCGAGGUCCCGCAGCGCGGGGCGGGCAGCCUCGCGCUCAGUUUUCCAGCCUCGGGCCCCGCGUCCUGCGGGGCGGCCUCCUUCCCCGCCGGGCCCCCGCCGUCGGCCGCUGCCAUGGGCACCGACAGCCGCGCGGCCGGGGCGCUCCUGGCGCGGGCCCGCACCCUGCACCUGCAGACCGGGAACCUGCUGAACUGGGGCCGCCUGCGGAAGAAGUGCCCGUCCACGCACAGCGAGGAGCUUCGAGAUUGUAUCCAAAAGACCUUGAAUGAGUGGAGUUCCCAAAUCAGCCCGGAUUUGGUCAGGGAGUUUCCAGACGUCUUGGAAUGUAGUGUGUCUCAUGCAGUAGAAAAGAUAAAUCCCGAUGAAAGAGAAGAAAUGAAAGUUUCUGCAAAACUGUUCAUUGUAGGAUCAAACUCUUCAUCAUCAACUAGAAAUGCAGUUGACAUGGCCUGUUCGGUCCUUGGAGUUGCGCAGCUGGAUUCUGUGAUCAUUGCUUCACCUCCUAUUGAAGAUGGAGUUAAUCUUUCCUUGGAGCAUUUGCAGCCUUACUGGGAAGAAUUAGAAAACUUAGUUCAGAGCAAAAAGAUUGUUGCUAUAGGUACCUCUGAUCUAGACAAAACACAGUUGGAACAGCUGUAUCAGUGGGCACAGGUAAAACCAAAUAGUAACCAAGUUAAUCUUGCCUCCUGCUGUGUGAUGCCACCCGAUUUGACUGCAUUUGCUAAACAGUUUGACAUACAGCUGUUGACUCAUAAUGAUCCAAAAGAACUGCUUUCUGAAGCAAGUUUCCAAGAAGCUCUUCAGGAAAGCAUCCCUGACAUUCAAGCACAUGAGUGGGUGCCACUGUGGCUACUGCGAUAUUCGGUCAUUGUUAAAAGUAGAGGAAUCAUCAAAUCAAAAGGCUACAUCUUACAAGCUAAAAGAAGGGGUUCUUAACUGUGACUUAAGAUCAUAACCUACUGACUUGUAUUUUCCUUAAAUAUAAGAUAAAAUUGAGAUGCGUAAAAAUCUAAUUCCUGCCUGUAAGUGGUGUCACUGAGGCAGAUAUUCUUUAGUUAUAUUUGACAAUAUGUUAUCUGUCAAGUUUUGAAUACUUCUCUUGCCUCCAUAUCAGUUCACUUACAUGAACCACUGUAUUGUUUUCAUUAAACUAUUGUUUUCUAAUUGAAAUUGUCUAUAAAGAAAAUACUUGCAAUAUAUUUUUCCUUUAUUUUUAUGAAUAAUAGAAAUCAAGAAAAUUUGUUGUUAGAUAUAUUUUGGCCUAGACAUCAGGGUAAUGUAUAUACAUAUUUUUUAUUUCCAAAAAAUUCAUUAAUUGCUUCUUACUCUAUAGUAUAACUAAGCAACUUAGUUACAAUUGUUAAAACUGAAAUACUGGAAGAUAUUUUUCUUGUCAUUGAUGAUUAUUAUAUCUCAGAGUAACUAGAGUAGCUGGGAUCUACUAAUAGUGUAAAUAAAAUUCAUUUCUUCAAUACAUGAA